UCGGUCGCCUCCAAGAUUUUGACACGAGGAAGAGCGCUUUCCGCCUAAGGCGGGGUCACCAUCUCUGUUGGCAAAGUUUGGCUGUUGAGACUGAGAGCGGUCGGCAAGAUCGACAUAAGUGCGUCGAGCUUAAACCCCGAUCGUCCGAUUUCUAUCGCUCGCGGCCGAGUGAGCGUCAGUGUAGCGCGCGCCUGACGCGAUCUGACUGCAGUUAUGUCCGAAGACCCGAGCUCUCAACCCUGGUCUAUCGACAAGGAUGACUAUGAGCUACAGGAGGUGAUCGGGAGUGGAGCAACAGCUGUGGUCCAGGCGGCAUAUUGCAAACCCAGGAAAGAGAAGGUGGCCAUUAAACGCAUCAAUCUUGAGAAAUGCCAGACCAGCAUGGAUGAGCUUCUGAAAGAGAUCCAGGCAAUGAGCCAGUGCCAUCACCCAAAUAUUGUGUCUUAUUACACCUCCUUUGUGGUCAAGGAUGAGCUUUGGCUGGUCAUGAAGUUGCUCAGUGGUGGCUCGGUUCUUGAUUUCAUUAAGUACAUAAUUUCCAAAGGGGAGCACAAAUCGGGUGUCAUGGAUGAGGCCAGCAUUGCCAGCAUACUAAAAGAGGUGCUAGAAGGUCUCGAUUAUCUGCACAAAAAUGGGCAGAUUCACAGGGAUGUGAAGGCUGGAAAUAUUCUUUUAGGAGAAGAUGGCUCUGUUCAAAUUGCAGACUUUGGUGUUAGUGCCUUUUUAGCAACUGGUGGAGACAUGACUAGAAACAAAGUGAGGAAGACGUUUGUAGGAACUCCAUGCUGGAUGGCGCCUGAGGUGAUGGAGCAGGUUAGGGGUUAUGAUUUCAAAGCUGAUAUCUGGAGUUUCGGGAUCACUGCUAUUGAGCUGGCAACCGGGGCCGCUCCGUAUCACAAAUAUCCUCCAAUGAAGGUUCUCAUGUUAACCCUGCAGAAUGACCCUCCUUGUCUAGAGACUGGAGUUACAGAUAAAGAAAUGGUUAAAAAAUACGGCAAAUCUUUUCGGAAGAUGAUCUCCUUGUGCCUCCAGAAGGAUCCAGAAAAACGUCCAACAGCUGCUGAACUCUUAAAACACAAGUUCUUCACAAAAGCCAAGAACAAUGAAUACUUGAAAGAAAAAUUGCUGGACAGGGCGCCAACAAUAGGAGAGAGAUCAAGGAGGGUGCGAAGGGUGCCGGGCUCCAGCGGUCGACUGCACAAGACCGAGGAUGGAGAGUGGGAAUGGAGUGACGAUGAGCUGGAUGUAGAGAGCGAGGAAGGAAAGGCUGCAGUGGCCGCUUUACGGUCACCAAGAGUAAAGGAGGAGGCUGUGCAAAAUGCAGAGAUCUUUCCAUCGGAUUCAUCAAGCUUCCUGCAGCCAGCAGCUCCGGGACAGUCUGAAGUGCCACAUGCUGCAGAUGACACCGCCACGAUAUCAGCGUCUUCUCCAGGCUCCCAGGUUGGUGGACCUACUACGACAGGACAAGACUCGGCCAAAACCCCCAUCAGCCUGGUUCUAAGAUUAAGGAAUACAAAAAAGGAGCUGAACGAUAUCAGAUUUGAGUUCAUGCCUGGCAGAGACACAGCUGAUGGAGUGUCUCAGGAGCUCGUGUCUGCAGGACUGGUGGAUGGGAGAGACUUAGUCAUUGUCGCAGCCAAUUUGCAGAAAAUCGUUGAUGAUCCACAAACCCACAAAAAUGUCACUUUUAAGUUGGCAUCUGGAGUGGACAGUUCUGAAAUUCCAGACGACGUUAAACUCAUGGGAUUUGCUCAGCUGAGUAUAAGUUAAAACAGUAUUACCAGCGACAGGAAAAAACGAAACAAAACACAGACUUGUUUGCACAACAGUGCACUGUAAAUGCUUUCAUUGGCCUAAAGAAACCACUACUGCCAAAGAGACAGAAGGAACCUGACACCACAUAGGAUUAACAAAUGUUGAAUGGGACUGCAUCCGAGUUCUUCAUAGGAGCGCACCUCAGAUGUUUACAGUAUUCAUGUACGUUUUGUUUUCUGUUGCUUUAAACAUUUGCACAAUCUGAACCAACUCCUAAUACUGGUAGAUGUCAAAAGAAUGCCUUACUUUCGAUUAGUACUACUGAAUUUACAACUGUAGGUAGACUGUAGCUGUGGAGCUCAUCUGUGAAGUGAAUGAGUGACUGUGUGUGCGUUCAGCUGUGUACCUCAAAGGAAGGCGGAGAGGAUUGUCAUUCGAUAGCAUUUAAGGGCGCUUAGCUGUUCAACAUAUUGGCGCGAUCAGCUUUGUAUGGUUGUACAAAUUAACCAGUAAACAUGGGAGCCACUUUACCCACAACCCCGUCGGACAUGAUGUUUCACCGCUACACCCGUGCACUGCACCUCACGGUUACACCUUUCAGCUGCUUACUCACUAUCGGGAUGCGUUCCCAUCAUUUUGCAUGGGCUAACGCCAGACUGCAUGAAUGAUUUUUAACCUAAGAUAUGCUGAUCAUUUAAUUUUGCCGGCUCUCUGUGAAAGAGAGAGAUGAAAUGAGAUAUUGAGCUUGUAAAAGAAAAAAACAACACACAAAAAAAAAAAAACGAGAACAUGAGUUUUUCAUCCAAUUGAUCUUUUUCGUGAAGGACGCGUAUGCUGUUGAAAUUCUCUGGAAAUUGUGCAUUUCAGAUUAUAUUGGAAAGAGACUUAUGCAAUUUUUGUGGAUUGAGCAUAAUGUUACAAGUUUCAUUUAAACGCAUAUCUGCUAAAUGUAGAGGCAGCUGUUUGGAAGGUGGUAUAGAUUUAUGAUUUUGUUUUUUUGGAAGGAAAUUCUAGUGUUUGCAAGGCGGCAAAGAAAACGCGUUAACGUUUAAAGUCAUUUUGAAGUUCUCAAUCUGUCAAAAAUACUCAAAACAAAGUUGGAAUGGAGUCCAUACGUGGAACUAUAUGAACUAUGUAUCCACCUUUUUCCUGAUCGCAAAGUAAGCCUAUGGAUGAGGAGUCAGUUUCGUUACACUAUAGAUUAUAAAUUAAGAGGUAAAUAGCGUGCAGUAAACAGUAAAACUGUUUUGUACUGUUUGUGUUCAUGAUUAAGAUAAUGCAUUAAAAUAGCAUAAUAGGACACACCGAUUUUUUUUUUUUUUUUUUUUUUUUUUUUUUUAAGAAUCAAGCAGCAUUACUAACUGUUUUAUAAAGCUAAAAAUAGCUUGUCGCGGAUGUGACCCAUUUCUGCGUCAGGAAAAGGGUGGAUAGAAAAAUAAAAACAUGAGUUUUAUAGUUUGCUAGCCUUGCAAGCACUUUUAAUGAAGGAAAGACCAGUGAAGCUUUGGACACAGUCACUGACCAGCAAGAAAAAAAAAGAAAAGUGACUUUAGGAUUCAUCCUGUGUCCACGUAAUAUUGGCAAUAGGAUCCGUUGUAUUUGAAUUUGUGGGCCUGUUUGUGUCUUUGUAAAUAUUUCAGUUCAUUGCAUCUUGCUUAAUAUCAUCCGUCUUAGUUGUAGACUGAUGUCUGAUUUCAUGUUAUAUAGGCAGAAAAUCUUUUCACAUGCAACUGGUAUUUUUUCCCCCUUUAUAAAACAAAAUUAAAUGGUCAAAUUGCCAGUGAUUUUGGCAAUAACGUUGUUAUUAUUAUUUAAACCUUUUUGCUGGACUUUUUGUUAAAUUUUUCUUCUGAUGAUCUACACUCCACUUCCAUUUUUAUUUUCCUCUGUUAUUUUCUCUCCUUGGCUUCCGACAAACAGUACAUUUUAAGACGGUUUUGAACCCGAUUAAUUGUAGACACGGUCUGUGAUUCAUUUGCUGUCACUUUCGCACUCGUGUGUAUGUGCAAACGACUGUUGAUUUUUUUUUUUUUUCUUUUUUUAAAUAUAUUUAGUGUGAAUAAAACAAUGAAUGUGGAUGGGACAUCUUAACGAGUACUUGAUCAAGAAAAAAAAUCAUGUAAAUAAUCAAAUUGGUGUUUAUAUAUAUAUAUAUAUAUAUAUAUAUAUAAAUAUAAACAGUAUACAUACUGUUCACAGUUGGCCUUUCUAUGGAGUGGACGUGGUGGUUGUCUAAUGACUUGUUGGUUUCUUUGUGUUCACAGUCAAAAAAACACAACACUUGGGUUUCAUUACGGAAACGUAUCCCUGAAAUAUUACAUUAGCAUGACUUGAGAAUAGUUUAUGUACUGCAUUCUACUUUGUCAACAGUGGAGGGCUAUUAUUGUUUUCUCUUUCAGUUUCUGCCUUGCCGUCUGUGUUGGAGUGUUUGCUGAGAUUCUUAGAAGGAAUGCUUGUGGUUCUGUCAGUUUUGUGUUUGUUUGUGUGUUUAAAUGGGCAACAGCUCAUAACAGUGGCAUGCCACCUUACUGUAAUCGUUAAGAUAUCUCCAAUACUUUAAAUAGACUGUCAAGUCAAAGCUUAAACGCAAUGAGUUCAUUUCUUUAAUGGUCUAAAUAGUUGAUGGCCCUGUCACGAUUCUCUAAAGCCUCAAAUAUUUCCCAUUUUCUCUUGAAAGACGCUUCCAAGUCCUCAAGUCUCAUCCUCUUUCUCACCACGCUAGUGGAUUGUGAUAAGACAGUAUUUAUUUUCACGUGUGGACAAGUGGUUUGCCCUUUUCUGGAAUUCGUUGGAAGUAAUUCAACCGAGCACUUUGAAAAUCGAAAGCAUAUAUUAUUGUUUCUCAUUUGUAGGAUAAUUAACUAAGCGGAUCUGUCUUCGUAUUGACAGAUCAGAUCUUGUUAUGCUCAUAUUUCUGUACGGUGAUGUUUGUUGAGGUGAGUUGUCUUAAGAUCAUUCCUCCGUUCUGUUUUGUCAGCAGUCUGGAAAGCUGCUGUAUUUUCACACCAAGCACAUGUAUGCAGGUCUUACAAAAGAGGAACUGGCUGCAUUUUAAUGGAAUAUUUAGGUGUUUUCAAUUCAAGGUUUUUUAUUUAGUGUCUUUUAAUUUUUUCAUGUUUUUAUCUAAUUGAAGUUCAAGGAAUGAAUUGUCACGACACAACAUAAAUGGAGGUAUUAUUAUCACUCUCUGUAUGGUGUGUUAAGGACAAUGGUAGAACACUGUAUAGUAUUUCACUUUUGGGAUUUUCAGUGCAUGUGUACCCAAUUAUUUUUAAUAAUAAUCAAUAAAGAAUGAAAUUGC